AUGUACGGAUCAGGCCAGCAGACCGGCAUCUCUACGCCGCGCUCAGCAGCAAAUCUACGCCCGCUCAUCCUCACUCACGGCUCGCUCGAGUACACCCUCCUCAUCCCGACCGCCCUGCACUUCAACGCCCAGCAAUUGAGGGACACCUUCAAGCAGACACUCCCCGAGCCCACAGACGAACUCGCACAGGAUGACGAGCCAUCAUCAGUCGUCGAGCUGGUUGCACGCUACCUCGGCUUCAUUGCCAAGGAGGUAGAGGAGGGCGAGGACCCCGACUCCUUCGAGGAGGUCCUCAAGCUCGUUCUCACCGAGUUCGAGCGCGCUUUCUUGCGGGGCAAUGAGGUGCACGCGCUGGCCGCCACUCUUCCCGGCAUCACCGAGAAGAAGCUGGAGACAGUGCGAUCAUACUACGCCGCUCGCGCCGCUGUUGAAAGACCGAUCAAGCACCACGAGUCUGCCCUCUUCCGCGAGGCUUCAGACGAGAAUGCCUUCAUCUAUGCUGUUCUGGGUGGUCAAGGUAACAUUGAAGAGUAUUUCGAUGAACUCCGCGAGAUCUACAACACAUACCCCUCUUUUGUUGAAGAUUUCGUUGCGGCCGAGGCACAGCAUCUACUAACCCUGUCGCGCGACCCGCGUGCAGAGAAGCUGUACUCGAAGGGCCUGGAUGUCAUGCGAUGGCUGAACAACCGCGAGGCUCAGCCUGACACCGAUUACCUCGUUUCGGCGCCUGUCAGUCUGCCGUUGAUCGGUCUCACACAGCUUGCGCACUACGUUGUAACAUGCAGAGUGCUCGGCAGCCACCCUGGCCACAUCCGUAGCCGCUUCGCUGGUGUCACUGGUCACUCUCAAGGCGUUGUCACAGCUGCUGCGAUCGCGGAAGCAAAGAACUGGGAAACCUUCGAGAAGUCUGCCAAGAAGGCGAUUGAGAUCCUUUUCUGGGUCGGUACACGCAGUCAGCAGGCCUUCCCCAGAACAUCGCUCGCUCCCAAUAUCCUGCAGGACUCAAUCGACAACAGUGAAGGUACCCCGACACCUAUGCUGUCGAUUCGUGAUUUGUCCCGCAAGGCUGUCCAGGAUCACAUUGACGCUACAAACGCACAUCUGCCCCAGGACAGGCAUAUUGCCAUCUCGCUGGUCAACAGUGCCCGUAACUUUGUCGUUACUGGUCCUCCUAUCUCUUUGUACGGUCUCAACCUUCGUCUGCGUAAGGUCAAGGCUCCUACUGGACUUGAUCAGACAAGGAUACCCUUCACUGAGCGCAAGGUUCGCUUUGUCAACCGCUUCCUUCCCAUUACCGCGCCCUUCCACAGUCCAUACCUUGCCGAAGCUGCGAAACAGCUCGAGGAUGACCUCAAAGAUAUCAAGAUCGCUGCGAGCGACCUUGGUGUGCCAAUGUUCGAUACACACACCGGCAAAGACAUCCGCGAGGAUGGGUCUGACAAUGUCGUUCCUGCCCUCGUGAAGAUGAUCACCAGCGACUCGGUCGAGUGGGAGAAGGCUACCGUCUUUCCCAAGGCUACGCACAUCCUCGACUUCGGUCCUGGUGGCAUUUCUGGUCUUGGUGUCCUAACCAACCGCAACAAGGAGGGAACUGGAGUUCGCGUCAUCCUGGCUGGUGCUAUGGACGGUCAGAACGUCGAGGUCGGCUACAAGCCCGAGAUCUUCGAUCGUGACUUCGAGCAUGCCGUCACCUACGCUGUUGACUGGGUCAAGGAGCAUGGCCCCAAGCUCAUCAAGACUUCGACUGGCCAGACCUAUGUCGACACCAAGAUGAGCCGAGUGCUUGGACUUCCCCCUGUCAUGGUUGCCGGUAUGACGCCCUGCACGGUUCCAUGGGACUUUGUUGCUGCCACCAUGAACGCUGGCUACGAGAUUGAGCUUGCUGGUGGAGGAUACUACAACGAGAAGACAAUGACCGAGGCCAUCACAAAGGUCGAAAAGAACAUUCCGGCCGGUCGCGGUAUCACCAUCAACUUGAUCUACGUCAACCCUCGCGCUAUGGGGUGGCAGAUCCCUCUCCUCGCUAAGCUCAGGGCUGACGGUGUUCCGAUCGAGGGUCUGACCAUUGGUGCUGGUGUACCUUCCAUCGAGGUUGCCAAUGAGUACAUCCAGACUCUAGGCAUCAAGCACAUCGCCUUCAAGCCUGGAUCCGUUGAAGCCAUUCAGGCGACCAUCAAUAUCGCUAAGGCGAACCCUACUUUUCCAGUUCUGCUUCAGUGGACUGGAGGCCGCGGUGGUGGUCACCACUCCUUCGAAGACUUCCACCAGCCCAUCCUUCAGAUGUAUGGCCGUCUCCGUAAGUGCGAGAACCUCAUCCUCGUCGCUGGUUCCGGUUUCGGUGGCGCGGAGGACACAUACCCGUACCUCACUGGUAGCUGGUCGACUAAGUUCGGAUACCCCCCUAUGCCUUACGAUGGUUGCUUGUUCGGUAGUCGUGUCAUGACCGCCAAGGAGGCUUACACAUCGCCUUCAGCCAAGCAGGCUAUCGUCGACGCCCCCGGUCUUGACGACGCUGACUGGGAGAAGACGUACAAGGGCCCCGCUGGUGGUGUCAUCACUGUCCGCUCUGAGAUGGGUGAGCCUAUUCACAAGCUUGCCACUCGCGGUGUUGUCUUCUGGCACGAGAUGGAUCAGAAGAUCUUCGCUCUGGACAAGGCGAAGCGUAUCCCCGAGCUUAAGAAGAUGCGCGAGUAUAUCAUCAAGAAGCUCAACGAGGACUUCCAGAAGGUCUGGUUCGGCAGGAACAAAAAGGGCGAGUCUGUCGAUCUUGAAGAUAUGACAUACUCCGAGGUCAUGCAACGCAUGGUCGACCUCAUGUACGUUAAGCACCAGUCUCGCUGGAUUGAUCAAAGUCUGAAGCGCCUCACUGGCGACUUCAUUCGCAGAGUCGAGGAGCGCUUCAGCAAGUCCGGCGGCGAGUCGAUCAUUCAGAGCUACGAGGAGCUCAACGAUCCAUUCCAGACACUCGACCAGGUUUUCAAGGCCUACCCCGAGGCCAAUGAGCAGUUGAUCAACGCUCAGGAUGUUCAGCACUUCCUGCUACUUUGCCAGCGCCGUGGACAGAAGCCCGUCCCCUUCGUACCUUGCCUUGAUGACACAUUCGAGUUUUUCUUCAAGAAGGACUCUCUGUGGCAGUCCGAGGACAUCGAGGCCGUUGUUGACCAAGAUGUUGGCAGGACCUGCAUCCUGCAGGGACCUAUGGCCGUCAAGUACUCCACCAAGGUUGACGAGCCCAUCAAGGAGAUCCUCGAUGGUGUACACCAGGGUCACAUCAAGUACCUGCUGCGCGAUGUCUACGGUGACGAUGAGUCCAAGGUACCAGUCGUCGAGUACUUCGGUAGCAAACUUCUCGCGGCUACUGAGAGCGUAGAGGUCGAUGGCCUCACUGUCUCUCAGCUCGAGAACAAGACUGUCUACCGCCUGUCGCCUGCGCCAAACGCCACCAUGCCCGAUGUUCCUUCGUGGCUGCAGCUACUUGCCGGCAACACAUACUCGUGGAGACACGCUUUCUUCACGACCGAUGUUUUUGUCCAGGGUCAGCGUUUCCAGACCAACCCAACAUCCAGGAUUUUUGCUCCUAUUCCUGGCAUGACCGUGGAGAUUGCAAACCCUAACGACCCCAGCAAAACCACUAUCACCGUCAAGGAGUUGCAUCAUGGCGCGAAGUACGUCAAGACUAUUGAUGUAAGCCUGAAGGAUAACGAGAUCCUGCUCAACAUGUACGAGGAGCGCACCGCCCUAGGAUCUGCCGUGGCUCUUCCCUUCCGCUUUACCUACCGCCCUGACGUCGGCUAUGCGCCCAUCCACGAGGUCAUGCACGCUCGCAACGACCGCAUCAAGGACUUCUACUACAAGGUCUGGUUCGGUGAUGAGGCCUGCCCCUUCGAUGCUUCAGUCACCUCUCAAUUCGACGGUGGUCGUGCUACUGUCACCAGCGAGGCCAUCAACGAUUUCGUCCAUGCCGUUGGCAACACUGGCGAGGCUUUCGUUGACCGACCAGGAAAGGAGGUUUUCGCCCCCAUGGACUUUGCCAUCGUCGUCGGUUGGAAGGCCAUCACUAAGCCCAUCUUCCCUCGUGCCAUUGACGGUGACUUGCUGAAGCUCGUCCAUCUGUCUAACGGAUUCCGCAUGCUUCCUGGUGCGGAGCCGUUAAAGAAGGGCGACGUGCUCGACACUACCGCUCAGAUCAACGCUGUCAUCAACCAGGAGUCUGGUAAGAUGGUCGAAGUUUGCGGAACCAUCACCCGCGACGACAAACCUGUCAUGGAAGUCACCAGUCAGUUCUUGUACCGUGGCGCGUACAGCGAUUUCGAGAACACCUUCCAGAGGAAGACCGAGAAGCCCAUGCAACUCCCGCUUGUUACUAGCAAGGAUGUUGCCAUUCUGCGCUCGAAGGAGUGGUUCAAUUUCGAGGAGCCCGAUGUUGACCUUCUUGGCAAGACCCUGGUGUUCAAGCUUGAGACCCUGCAGAAGUACAAGAAUAAGACCAUCUUCUCAGAAAUCGAGACCGUUGGAGAGGUCCUGCUUGAGCUCCCAACCAAGGAAAUCAUACAGAUUGCAUCUGUCAACUACCAAUCUGGAACUGCUCACGGUAACCCCGUACUCGACUACCUCGAGCGCAACGGUUCCAGCAUCGAUCAACCUGUCCACUUUGAGAACCCCAUCCCUCUACAUGGCAAGGCCCCGUUGACAUUGAGGGCACCGGCUUCCAACGAGAACUACGCUCGUGUGUCUGGUGAUUAUAACCCCAUCCACGUUUCGCGCGUCUUCGCCAGCUACGCCAACCUGCCUGGUACCAUCACUCACGGCAUGUACUCCAGUGCUGCUGUGAGGAGCUUGGUUGAGACCUGGGCGGCCGAGAACAAUGUCGGCCGUGUGAGGAGCUACCACGUCAAUCUUGUUGGCAUGGUCCUCCCCGAUGAUAUGCUUGAUGUCAAGCUUCAGCACGUCGGUAUGGUUUCUGGCCGCAAGAUUAUCAAGAUCGAGGUCAGCAACCAGGAGACCGAGGACAAGGUUCUCCUUGGCGAAGCCGAGGUUGAGCAGCCCACAACAUCCUAUGUUUUCACUGGCCAAGGCUCGCAGGAGCAGGGUAUGGGUAUGGAGCUGUACAACAGCAGCCCUGUUGCCAAGGAGGUCUGGGAUCGUGCUGACAAGCACUUCAUGGAUAACUAUGGCUUCGCAAUCACCAACAUCGUCAAGAAUAACCCUAAGGAGCUCACCAUUCACUUCGGUGGUCCCCGUGGUAAGGCCAUCCGCCAGAACUACAUCUCGAUGACCUUCGAGACUGUCAGUGCCGAUGGAUCCAUCAAGUCCGAGAAGAUCUUCAAGGAGAUUGACGAGCACACGACCUCAUACACAUAUCGAUCCCCCACUGGUCUGCUGUCGGCGACUCAGUUUACCCAGCCCGCUCUUACCCUCAUGGAGAAGGCAUCGUUCGAGGACAUGCGCUCCAAGGGUCUCGUCCAGCGUGACAGCACUUUCGCUGGUCACUCUCUCGGAGAGUACAGUGCUCUUGCUGCGCUUGCUGAGGUCAUGCCAAUUGAAAGCUUGGUCUCGGUCGUAUUUUACCGUGGUCUCACCAUGCAGGUCGCCGUCGAGCGUGACGAGGCUGGUCGUUCCAACUACUCUAUGUGCGCUGUCAAUCCCAGCAGGAUAUCGAAGACGUUCAACGAGCAGGCUCUUCAGUACGUUGUUGAGAAUAUUGCUGAGACCACAGGCUGGCUGCUCGAGAUCGUCAACUACAACAUCGCCAACAUGCAGUACGUCGCUGCUGGUGACCUGCGAGCUCUCGACACGCUCACUGGAGUCACCAACUACCUCAAGCAGCAGAAGAUUGACAUUCAGUCUCUGAUGCAGAGCUUGUCGAUGGAGGACGUCAAAGCCCACCUAGUUGAGAUCAUCAAGGGCUGUGCUGAGCAGACCGAGGCCAAGCCCAAGCCUCUUGACCUCCAGCGUGGCUUUGCUACCAUCCCGCUCAAGGGUAUCGAUGUGCCCUUCCACAGCACCUUCUUGCGCUCUGGUGUCAAGCCAUUCCGAAGCUUCUUGCUCAAGAAGAUCCACAAGACGUCGAUCGACCCCUCCAAGCUGGUCGGAAAAUACAUACCCAACGUGACUGCGAAGCCGUUCGCUUUGACCAAGGAGUACUUCGAGGAUGUGUACAAACUCACAAACUCGCCCAAGAUUGGCAACAUCCUUGCCAACUGGGAGAAGUACGAGGAGAAAGAGGAGGCCACUGCCUCCGCGUAA